AGAUGCUUUACGUGCCCUCAAAACUGACACAAAUUGCUCUCCGUUUUUCCUUUUUUGACUAGUUUAAACACCUGCUUUUCUGUCCACAACCUUAGGCUUUCAUUUUAGGGAGGCUUUCCUUUUCUUAAAAAAAGUUCAGAUAAAAAUACUAACGAAAUGUAGUGGAACCUCCUUUUUUUCAUACUCCAUUGCAGCCCCUCAAAACCCUUAUCAUAUUUCAUCCAGCCGACGGAUAAACAAACAAGAAUUCGCAGUAUCUUACUUGAUGCCAGGGAGGAGAAAGUUGUGGACAAAGCAUUGCAAGGUUUGAGUUGUUAAAUCGAAUAAUUGCAGGAAUGGGGGGUUGCUGUUGUUCUUCCCGAAAACCUCAGCUACAUGGAACACCAGUAUAUUAUUAUUGUCCGACAGAUUCAGAAGAGCACGAGUCCCUGACAUCUUAUGACAGUGUUGCUACAGUGCUCACUUCUGGACUCUUGGUUGAUUUAAAUCUGGAUAUGUCAAUCCCUGACACUUUCCGACCUCCUCCUGCACCUAUCCCAUAUGAUGUCGUUUUCGGGCAUUCGGAUGCCGACUCUGGACAAUUGACUAUAAAUGGUGGUAGUUUGGAGAAGGCUAAUUGUGUUGAUCUCAAGGAAGUGAAUUGCGGAACUCAACCUGGGUUCUUUCCACCCUCGCCUAGAAAGGCUGAAGUUGAACUUUUGAAGUCAAAUCUGAUUCCUGUUUCGACAGCAGACGACGAGGAUUCUUGUCCCACUUGUCUUGAAGAGUAUGAUGCAGAAAAUCCAAAAAUCAUGACCAAGUGUAACCAUCAUUUUCACCUUUCAUGCAUACUUGAAUGGAUGGAAAGAAGUGACAACUGCCCCUUAUGCGAUCAGGAGAUGAUAUAUGAAGAUCUUUGACUUCUCAAGGGCAAGUUUCUGUCCAUGUAGGUAACAAGGUAUAACAAGCUAUCUAUCUUUGGUGCUCGGAAAAUAUUGCCAUCAUAAGCCAUGGGCGGCCACCAUCUCUGGCGUGCAGACUGAUAUGCAUUCUACCGAUUGAGGGUCAAAGAAUGAUGAAAGCCGCGUUGUGUUCAAGUGAGCUCACAACAGCCAUUAAUGUUGUAUAGUUUAUUUACUGAAUUUUUAUGUGAUAUAAUCUUUGUUCCUUCAACUCGUAUCCUGUUAAGAGUUUCGUUUUGUUUAAGAUUUACGUGUAAUUUUGUACAGUGUUCUUCUUUUCCUCUGAAUUUUCGAUGAUAAUUUAUCUUUAGUUUGUUCA